UUUAGAACUGCAAACUUAUAGAAGACCAAGAUGGGUAAAAUAUCAGUUAAUGACACCAAGGGAAAGCAACGUCAUAACCCUUUAUUGAAAGAUAUCUCAUCUCAAGGAGGAAACUUGAGAACAACUCCAAGAUCAUCAGCAUCCCAAGCCAAAUCAAACAAGAAACCUCAACAGGAAGAAGAAGGGUACUUGGAUGCUGUUACUUCGAGAAAGAUUUUGCAAUUAGCCAAGGAACAACAAGAUGAGUUGAGAGAAGAAGAGGAAGGAUCUGGACGACCAGCAACUUUUGGUGAAUCAUUCAGAAAACAACUAGCCGAAAGUGAUGAAGAAGAAGAAAGCGAAGACGAACAAGAGUAUUCUGAUUUUGAAGAAGUUGAGGAAAUCUAUGAAGAAGAGGAAAUCGAAGUGGAUGAAAAAGAUGCUGAAUUAUUUAAUAAAUAUUUCCAAAGUAAUGGAGCAGCUAUGGGUCAAGGUAUAAACUUGGCUGAUAAGAUCAUGGCCAAGAUUCAAGAAAAAGAAGCCCAAGAUCAACAACAAUCCCAAGGUGGGAAACCAGUGGAUGCUGUUAUGUUACCACCUAAGGUUAUUAUGGCAUAUGAAAAGAUUGGUCAGAUAUUGGCUAGUUAUACCCAUGGUAAACUUCCUAAAUUGUUCAAGAUCUUGCCAAGUUUAAAGAACUGGCAAGAUGUUUUAUAUGUCACCAACCCUGAGAAAUGGACUCCUCAUGCUACUUAUGAAGCUACCAAAUUAUUUGUUUCUAACUUAUCUGCCAAUGAAGCGCAAAAGUUUGUUGAAACUGUCUUGUUGGAAAAGUUUAGAAGCUCAAUUGAAGAUUCCGAAGAUCAUUCCUUGAAUUAUCACAUUUAUAGAGCAUUGAAAAAGUCCUUGUAUAAGCCUGCUGCUUUCUUCAAGGGUUUCUUGUUGCCUUUAGUUGAUGGAUAUUGUACUGUGAGAGAAGCAACUAUUGCUGCUUCUGUAUUGACCAAGGUAUCUGUGCCUGUAUUGCAUUCAUCUGUGGCUUUAACUCAAUUACUUCAAAGAGAUUUCAGUCCAGCCACCACGGUAUUCAUUAGAGUGUUGAUUGAAAAGAAGUACGCUUUGCCUUAUCAAACAUUGGAUGAAUUGGUGUUUUACUUUAUGAGAUUCAGAAAUGCUACUCAAGAACAAAUGCAAAUAGAUUCAGCCGGCGAUGCUCCUCAAUUACCUGUGGUUUGGCACAAGGCAUUCUUGGCAUUUGCACAAAGAUACAAGAACGAUAUUACUGACGAUCAAAGAGAUUUCUUAUUGGAAACAGUUAGACAAAGAUUCCAUCAUGCCAUUGGACCUGAAAUCCGUCGAGAAUUAUUAGCAGGUAAGCCAAGACUUACUGCUGAUCAAGAACCAAAGGAUGGAUUAAUGGUUGAUGCAUUUUAAUUAGUCGUUUUUUUUUUUAGGAAAAAAAUAAUGUAUAUUAGUAAUUGUCUAGAUAAAUGUAAAGUAAUGCAGUAUUUACACAUGGCCAGAAGGUUCAGAAUGAGUUCUCUUUCUGGCGUCUUCACAAAGCUUUUCAGGAUCAGCAGCGAGGGCAAAAUAACUUUGAACGGAACCAAUUAUAGUCAAUGCGACACAACUACCAAUCCAAAGACCGUGUAAUGAUCCCUUCCAAGGAGAGUAGAAUGACAAGUAAAGCGAGAGUGGUAAUCCAACAACAUAAUAUGAAAAUAAGUUGACGAUUCCUCCAAUCUUGGUUUGUCCUUGACCUCUCAAACACCCAGCUGAAUUGGCAUUCAUGGCAUCGGCAAUUUGCAUAAUAGCAAUAAUCCACAUAACCAGGGAAAUUGUACUGAUGACUUCUUCAUCUUUAGUGAAUGUAAUGGCGAUUUCUCUUCUGAAACAAAACAAAAACAAAAAGUUCAAGAAUGCAAUCAAUAACCCAAAGGUGAGAGAAACUUUAGUAGUAGUUCUGGCAGCAGCACCUAAUCCAGCACCAAGAUAAUUGGCAAUCCUCGUUGAUGAGGCAAUACCAACGGCAAAUGGAACUUGAUAGGUGACACAGGCCAUGGUGGUACCGAUAGAUUGUGCAGCAAGGGCAAUCGUACCUAAAUAAGAUGCCAUCAAUGUCAUGAUUUCGAAUGCCAAGAAUUCUGCUUCCAACAUGAUAAGACCAGGGAUGGCAAGUUGGGCUAAUCUUCCCCAACCUCUAAAUGAUUCCUUAAAGUCUAAUCCACCCCAACAUUUUAAUGGGUGUAAUCCAGAUGGGGUAUCCUCGGGCUUAAUGAAGAAAACAAUAAAUAACACUAAUAAACUGAUCAUGAGCCAAUAGUUGAUAGCAACAGCAAUGGGUGCUCCUAAGUAACCAAUAUGCUUCACUAACAAAUAGUUCAUAAUCAAAUUAGAAGGAGCAGCUAUUAACAAAACGUAAGUUGAAAUAUGGUAAAUUCCUUGUGCCUGUAAGAAACGUUUCCCACAUUCAAACAAAAUGUAAGCUGGCAUACCAAAUGCAACAUAUUGUAGAUAAACCGCCGAUAACUUGGCAGUUUCUUUAUCAGGAAGGAUCAUGGUGAUCAAAUCGUACCCAUAAAAUACCCAUAUGAACAAUAUUGGUAACAUAAUAACAAACUCCAAUGAAGUACAUUUCUGGAGAUAGGUUCCGACCAAGGUAUAUUUCUUGGCUCCAAAUGCUUGAGGACAAAGGGUGUCUAAUGCAGUUGCUAUACCCUGAAUAGUAGCAUAACCUGUGAUGUUGGCCGUCAUGGCACCCAUGGAAACAGCAGCCAACUCAGUGGCACCUAAAUGGCCAACCAUAAAUACCGAUACGGUAGAAAGGGAAUUUUGCAAUAAAAACGUCAUAACCAAUGGAACUGAAGAUUUGAUUAAAGAUUUCAAUUCUAUUGCUGCAGUAGUGUGGUCGAGUUUCUUGUUGGCAAUGGCGUCUUCAAAGGCAUCCAUAAUCUGUUCAUCACCGCCGAGAUAGGUAAUAUGGUUCUCCUUCAACAAAUCACGUUCUUGCUCUAAUAGUUCACGGGCAACCAUCAGGCCUCUUCUGAUGUUCAAAGUAGUGUUACUGGUGACAGCUAAUAAUGGUUGAGUUUCGUCUGCUUCAAUUUCAUCUCCGGUUAUUGCUUCUUCAAUGGGCGAGGCUGGUGGAGAAGUGAUAAAAUCCGAGGGUAUAAAUAACCCCAAUUUACCAACAGAACCAGAAACCACCGAGGCACGUCUCUGAGUGUUUGAAUGAGUGAACUGAUGUGUUCGAUCCAGUUGAGUCAUGGUGGUCUAUAAGGUACUCUUAUCAAGGAAU